AUGUCGAAUGCGCCGUCCUCGGACGGUGUCGCGCGCAGCGACGAGCAUACGUCAAGCUUAGGCAUUCCAUCUUCGAGCCCUGUGCGUAAUGCACAAGUAGAUCGAUUGCGCUCCGACACGGGCGUGAGCCCUUUGCAUUUCCCCACGUCGUCGCCCGGCUCGUUUGGCCGUCGUCCGCCGUCGACGUCGAGCGUUGCGGGCGAUGGCGAGCCACUCUUUUUUCCGCCGUCAUCUGGAUCGACACCGCGCCAUAACAGGCGCGGGGAUAUCCACUCGUCGCUCUCCACUAGCUCGCCUAGCGCGAUCCGGAGGCAGUAUGUGACGAUGCGCGGCCGCCCGAGCGAGGCCGGCUCCGAAGGUACGAUGCCGCGCGGCCCAGCAAGCGAUGCGUUUACUUUUUCGCAACCUUCUGCGGAGGAUAAUGAGCAGGAUGUGAUUGCAAAUGCGUCGCAAAAAGUAAUCUGGGGUACCAACGUGUCGGUGGGCGAGACGAUGCAGCUCUUUCGUGCAUUUUUGCGCGGAUUCCGUCUCAAGUACCGCUGGGCGUAUGUGCGCUCCCAAGGCCUUACGCAUGAACGCACGCCGCAUGCCGAUGGCGAGCUGCUUCUUUACCAAUCCUACCUGCGCCAGAUGCGGUACACGAACCAGACUAAUUUGAAUCUGCGCCUGAGCGACCUUGCAGCGUUUCCCCCUUCGAAGCGGUUGAGCGUGCAGGCACAGCGGUAUCCUCAAGAAGUGGUGCCCAUCAUGGACCAGGUGCUCAAAGACGAGAUGCUUGAGCUUGCUGAGUCGGACAGCAAAGACCACGAGCCCGACACGACGCGCGAGCAAAUCGAGAUGAUGGAGGGCCUGAUUUUCAAAGUGCGCCCUUACGGCGGCACGACUGUUAACAUGCGCGACCUAAACCCCAAAGACAUUGAUAGCCUCGUCACUAUCCGUGGCCUGGUGAUUCGCGUCACGCCCAUCAUUCCCGAUAUGAAGGAAGGCUUCUUCCGAUGCAUGGUGUGCAACCAUACGGUCCAAGUCGAGAUCGACCGAGGCCGGAUUACAGAGCCGAAUAGGUGCCCCCGGGACGUGUGCAACCAGCUCGGGUCUCUUGCGUUGGUGCACAAUCGGUGCGUGUUUGCUGAUAGGCAAGUCAUCCGGGUGCAAGAGACACCAGAUGUGGUGCCGGAUGGCCAAACACCGCACACGAUCAGUAUCUGUGUGUACGACGAGCUGGUCGAUGUGUGCAAGCCCGGCGACCGAAUCGAAGUCACGGGCAUUUUUCGUGGAAUUCCUGUGCGUGUGAACCCGCGACAGCGCGUGUUGAAGAGCUUGUUCAAGACGUAUGUCGAUGUAGUUCACCUGCGUUUGAGUAACGCACGUCGACUCGCGCUCGAUCUUUCCACACGCGACCAAGUCAGCGCGAAAUCGGUCGGCGUUGGCGGCGACGACGACGGAGAAGAGUUUGACAUGGCAGCCAACGCCAACGCCGACGCCGCGAGCGCGGCGCCGCCGAGUAGCGGCCAAACACUGCUUCUCCCACGCGAGGAGAUCCGCGAGCAAGUCGAGGAAAUUGCGCAGCGCCCCGACGCAUACGAUUUGCUUGCACGGAGCCUUGCGCCCAGCAUUCACGAGAUGGACGACAUGAAACGCGGCGUCCUUUUGCAGCUCUUUGGCGGCACCAACAAGAGUGUGGCGACCGGGGGCGGCAUGGGCGGCCCGCGCUACCGCGGCGAUAUCAAUGUGCUCAUUGUCGGUGAUCCAGGCACGUCCAAGAGCCAAAUGCUGCAGUACGUGCACAAAAUAGCGCCGCGCGGCACCUACGUCUCUGGCAAAGGCUCCUCGGCAGUGGGUCUCACUGCAUAUGUCACCCGCGAUCCCGAGACUCGACAGCUUGUGUUGGAGAGCGGCGCUUUGGUCUUGUCCGACGGCGGUGUAUGCUGUAUCGACGAGUUUGACAAAAUGUCCGAUGCGACGCGCAGCGUCUUACACGAAGUCAUGGAGCAGCAGACGGUAAGUGUGGCCAAGGCAGGCAUCAUUACCACGCUCAAUGCACGCACCUCGGUGCUUGCUGCAGCGAACCCAAUCGGGUCCAAGUACAAUGCGAUGCUCCCUAUUUCCAAGAACAUCGAUUUGCCCCCCACGCUCAUUUCACGCUUUGAUCUCGUCUAUCUUGUGCUGGACCACGUCGACGAGGCAAACGAUCGGCGCCUCGCGCGCCAUUUGGUCGGCAUGUACUUGGAAGAUGCGCCCAUGUCUGCAGCCCGCGACAUUUUGCCUGUCGAGCUGCUCACCGCCUAUAUUUCGUAUGCACGCGCCAAUGUCUUGCCCGUCUUGUCGGCAGAUGCAAGCAAUCGGCUUGCGCUGCGCUACGUCGAGCUGCGCAAGGCAGGCGAAGACCCACGAAGUGCAGAGCGCAGGAUUACUGCGACGACGCGGCAGCUGGAAAGCAUGAUCCGUCUCUCCGAAGCCCAUGCCCGGAUGCGCCUUUCGCCCGUCGUGACUGUCGAAGACGUCGAGGAAGCGAAUCGCUUGAUCCGCGAUGCGGCCAAGUCCAGCGCAACCGACCCCACCACGGGGCUGAUCGACUUGGACUUGCUCACCACUGGGCGCACAGUGCAGCAGCGGCGCAUGGCUGGGGAUAUGCGUGCGCAGCUGCUCAAUGUCCUCGGCGAGUUUAGUGACGCUGCGGGCGGUCGCUCAAGGCCUGUGCGGCUUGUAGAUGUGAUGCAACAAUUGCGCGAGCAGAGCUCCGUGCAUGUGGAUGCGACGGACUUGAACGAUGCGCUGCAAACGCUCGAGUCCGAGGGGCUGGUACAGAUUGCAGGCGAUCGCGACCGGCGUACAGUGCGUCUAGUGUAG